AUGUCGGGCGUCGGCAACGUCAACAACUCACGCCACGAAGAAGUCUAUGAGCUGCAACCUCUCUUCAAGCUUGGUGAUCCUGACCGGCUAUUCGACAGCCCGAUUGCCGAACGUAUCAGCACGCUCUUCACGAUGCAUGCUUCCAGCAAUGAGACUGAGGGAGACCCAUACGAUGACCUACUGCUUGCGGGCAAGGCAAAGCACCCAUCGUCGAACCCGCGUGAGAAGGAAUGUGAGAACGCGCCUUCUGCGGUCGACGCCCCGAAGAUAGCGCCGGUGGAAGGUACGAUAUAUCAGCACUUUCGCAUACGUUUGCUUACAUCUGAACUCCCAGCCGCCAGUCCGCCCGACCAUGCAGAGGUACCAGUCCCUUCUGAGCGGGCCGGAUGUCUUGACAAAGAGGUGGACGUGGCUCUAGCGAAAGCUAAAGCCGAGGUCGUCAUCAGGAUGUUCUGCAGCGUGGUUAUCAGUCAGGGUCUCGCUACGAUUGUCGCAAUGGUCAUGGCUGCCGUGGCGAUCGGACAGGCCCUGCUUGUCAUGUUCUUCUCGCUCAUUGUCAUGAUGUGGUUCAUGAGGUGCAUCAUCAAAGACCUGUAG